AUGGCUUCUUCCAACGAGGAUGAAAUUGUGGAAAGAAUUUCCGCAGCAGUGCGGAACGCUCUUUGUAGAAAUUCCCAGCAACAGGUACGUGCAAGGCUAAUUUAAUGGUUUUCUGUCUUUGGAAAUGUCUUGCAUGCCUGAAACACACUUAAACGUCCGAAGGAAGACAUGCGAACGAACUUGAUAUUUUGUGUCUUUUGUCCCACUGACAUAACUAUCAGGGUUUUAUAUUUUGAACACAUUUUCGUACCCUUGACUGUUGAUAUUGUAUGAGUCGAUUGUGUUUUUCUUCCCGUGGUAAUGCUACAGUUUUGCAAUUGGUUUUAGGAUGAACAUCAUUCACUUCUUUCUGGUGAACAAUCACCUGCAGCCAGCGUUCAGUUGCCAUCCUCCUUUCUCCAAGGCUUCAGGCAAAACCGUGAAAGGAACGUGGAAAAUUCACGAUCGUAUUUCCCAGCGCCUAAGCGAAGACGAGCUUCUUCAACAAGAUCGACACAAGCGAAAUCCAAAGUUGUCACCAAAGAUGUAGUAUGCCUGCCAUUUGAGGAGGGUGAGAUCUUUGCCAUUCCACGAGGAACGCGAAGGGCUCAGUUUGCAGAGUUGGGCCUGAUUGGUAAAGUGAGCCUUAAUAAUACGUGGGACAAGGCAGCAGUUGCAAGUGAAAUCUCGAGUAUAUUUAGGAAAGCUUUUCAUUUGGAAGACGAUGAGGAAAUGCCCUUUCAGUAUUUAAGGUACGUUCAGUCAAUAAUUACAUAAUUGUCGGGGUUUUCUUUAACCAGCUGUGAAGCUUCUAACAUGUUGUAGAUUUAAUUCCACCGUCACUGAAUUAAUGCUGGCUGGUAAGAAAAUUACCCUGCUCGAAGAAUGAUAACAAGACUGCUACCUUAGUAAUAUAUUAUUAAUCCAAACUUGUCCUAAAUCAACUAGCAUUCUAUAGUUGUUUAAUCCUGAAGCUUCACACUUUCUAUUUCGUAAUAGAGUAUCAAGUGGUCAAUAAUUUGUUUUAAGAACUUCAUUUCAGUAAACUGAAGUAGACUACAAGGUACUUAAGAUUGUAGUAAGUUAGUCAUUUGUGCUUAGAAUUACCACAAAUGACUAAGUCAAUUAUUGUCUUUAUGAAUUGUCAUUUGUUAUUUUUUUAGCAUUGUACCUGGGGCAAAAAAACUAAAGCAGCCAAAUGUCUCCACAUCAUUCAAAUGGAAUGCCCCUGAAGUACUUUCGUUAGCAUCUCAGGGAGCCCUGUACAUCAUGACACACCUUCCAGUCCCAAGUUCAAAGAAGGAAUCAACAUUGAUUAGACAUAUUGUUGCAAGUGAUGAUGAAAAUAGUGACACUGAUCAUUUCAAGGUAAUUAGGUUAUGUAUUUGCUUUGUUAAAAUAAUUAUUGUUUUUGACCUCCCUGAAUCAAUUUUCCAAAUCCAGAGGUUGACUUGGUUCUGUAAAUGUGUUUCCCUACAUGUCCUGUAAGUACCCCCAGCUUCUGUCUAAUUUGAUUGAUCAUGCCUCUUGGUACAUUUAACAAUAAAGCAAUGUCUCCCUGACUCUUUCCACUAAAAUUCACUGGACUCUUUCUCUUACCUGUGUUGGGAUCAUUACACUAAACUGAAGUGUAAGUCAUAUCCAGCCUUAACUUGUUUAUAUGUUGUUGAAGGUACUUGGUGGCUAAAAAAGUAUCUCCUAUAAAUGCCAUUAAAUGCUUGCUUUGUCUUUGUCUUCAGUUGCCUUUGGUUAACACAAAGGGCUGUUCUAUAUUUAUCUCCUUGCAAUGUGUCAUAUCCAUUUAUCAUUUUAAAGGGAUAUUUGUAUAAUGGUAUUUAUUACUGCAAUUUGUUAUCCUAUCUGGCUUUAACAGAACCAUGGAGACCAUAAUACAUCAGGCUGCCAGUUUAACUUUCAGUAUCAUUUAUUUCGAUUUAUAUUCUCAAGCUGGAUGUUCCCACAUUUGAUGGGAGCUUAAGUAAAUCAAGUAAAUCAAGCACUAAAUCACCACCAUUGACUGGACCUUUGGCAGUGUCAUUGGCUGGACCUUCUGCUGUGUCUGUAACUGGGUCUUCUGCUGUGUCAGUAGCUGGACCUUCUCCCGUGUCAGUAACUGGACCUUCUGCUGUGUCAGUUCCAGGGCCAUCUGUCACUUCUGCUGCUUCACUGAUGGAGAAUUAUAGGUAUUUGCACAAACUUAGUCAUUGUAAGGAUGGUAGCUUCAUGUGUAUGGGCUUUCUGCUAGGGUCUAAAAAAAUGUUGUGUAAUAAGGAAGUGUCCUCAUUACAUUAAUAUGGUGGAAGGGUAUCCAUGAUUUUGUUUUACAUCAUUUUAUGAAUUUUGAUGACGGUAUUACAAGCUUUUCAUGAAUUAAAACAACUUACAGUAAUUGCUUCAACCAUUUGCCACCAAAAUAUCACAACCUACUACUGACAGUUUCCAAAUUUAUUCAAUCAAAAUUCGCCAGUAUGGUUUCAAUUAUAUUUUGUCUAUUUUCUUUUUCAUAAAAGAGACUUUAAUUUUGCAAUUGACCGACACAAUAACUCAAUAAACCACCUUUACGAAAGAAAUAAUCACAAAUCAUAUGAAGGAACCGGCAUUGUACAUUGUUACUUUUGCUAUCUGACAACACACGAGUUCUGCAUUGACUACCAUGAAUAAUUACGUAUUAUUUUUAUUCGUAUUAACCUUUGUUUUUCCAACGUUUUUAUUACCUUUGAAGGUCAGCAGAUGAAGUGUAUGCAGCACUGAUAUUUGAUGAAUUAAGUUCUGAUGAGGAAAUGAUCAUUGAGAAUGAGAAGUCUGCGCCACCCAGUAUUGAAGCAGAAACUGUCCAGGCAAACAUCACACUGAGGGAAAUUCUUCAUAAUCUUUCAUCAGUUAUAAGAGAUACUGAAACAUCAAAAUUUAACAAAAGUAGAAAUCAUAUAUGGGAGGGUGCCAAAAGGGCACUUAAUAGGACGUCAUUUGACCCCAAAAACAGAAUUUCAGUAAAGUUUACUGAUGACAUGGGGAUUUCUGAAGGGGCUAUAGAUCUUGGGGGUCCAGCAAGGGAAUUUUUACACUUGUAA